AAUAGAGUCUUGCCGAGACACGUGUUGCAGAGGUAUUUGCGUCCUUCUUCGUUGUCUUGUGUGCGCUCGAUUCGCUAUACCGCUCGAACUGACCACCUGGUAGUGACAGUCAAAUGGAUGAAGACUGGGAUUCAGAUCAGCCCGCUGUGCUGGAGACAGCAUCAAUCAAGUUGUUUGGUCGCUGGGAUUUGGACGAAGUGAACGUGAACGACAUCAGUUUGACAGAUUACGUUGCUGUGAAGGAGAAGAGCGCUACGUAUGUACCGCACACUGCUGGUCGCUAUGCAGCGAAGCGUUUCCGUAAAGCCCAGUGUCCAAUUGUUGAGCGACUGGCCAACUCGCUCAUGAUGCACGGCCGUAAUAACGGUAAGAAGCUGAUGACGGUACGAAUUGUUAAACACACGUUUGAAAUCAUCCACCUUCUCACAGGCGAAAAUCCUGUUCAAGUAUUGGUUGAUGCAAUCAUCAACAGUGGACCACGAGAGGACUCCACGAGAAUUGGUCGUGCGGGUACAGUGAGACGUCAGGCAGUCGAUGUGUCUCCACUACGGCGUGUCAACCAGGCCAUCUAUCUGUUGUGCACCGGAGCUCGUGAAGCGGCCUUUCGUAACAUCAAGUCGAUUGCCGAGUGUCUGGCCGAUGAGCUCAUGAAUGCCGCCAAGGGCUCGUCCAACUCGUAUGCUAUCAAGAAGAAGGACGAACUAGAGAGAGUAGCCAAGUCUAAUCGCUAACACUUUGUGUUACAAAAAUGUAGUGUUGGCAGUGCUUGAGCUUCUGAUUUCAAAACAUGUCCAUGAAACGUUGAUAACGUUCUGGGUGUA